AUGAGCGCAGCUACCAACAACGCCAUCUCGAAGCCUGGCGCGGCCGUGCCGAACCCCGGCGGCCCCGGCGGCGAAGACCUUACGCCCGUCGCCGUGUCGCCUGCUGGCACGCUCGGCAGCAGUGGGCCCGAAGUGCCCGGCUCUGCUGCCGGCGUUUCUACGGGAAGCAGCGGCGGGGAGGGACUCCUGCAGAGGGCGCAGGCUAUGGCUCAGCCUUACCUUGACAAAGCGGCAGCCACGGCCAAGCCCUACGCCGACGCCGCGAUGCAGAAGGGGCGCGAGCUCAAGGACAGCAUCGAGACUAACUCCCAGGGCAAGCACGAUGCCACGGCCACCCCCGCUGCUGCUCCGGGCGAGCACCACGCCACCACGGGAACUGGUGCCGCGCACAGCGAGGGCCUCGCUGCCACCGCGGGCCAGACGGCGCAGGAUCUCGGCGAGAAGGCCAAGUCGGCCCUUGGCUAUGGCCUUGCUCAGCUCCAAGCGCUAGGCAAGCAGAUCGACGACCGCACAGCCACAGCCGACCAGCCCGGGCUGCUUACGCGUGCAUCGGCCGCGUACCACUCUGGCGUCGAGCAGCUCGAGAAGGCUGUCGGCGCCAAGGAUCACGCGGGGAGCACGGCCAACCUGACCACUGCCGAGGAGGGGAGCGCGCCCAUUGCGGGAAGCCUGAAUGACGGCCCGCACCCUAUCACGACGACGACGAAUGCGAUCCCGCACGCUGAGAGUGCGGCCCAGACGCAGAAGACGGAGGAAGGGGAAAGGGCCAAGACAGGCGAGAGCGUCACGGCGCCGCCUGAGGCUUGA